ACAAACUAGUUCCGUUCGUGCCUUGCUCGCGGCGACAUCAAACUGCCGUCAAGACAGCAGCACUAUCUGGUACUCCACUCUGCACAAAAGAGGAAAUGACUCAAGAGGAAAGCAGUGUAAGAGCUAUGCGGCAGGCAGUGUAUAAUGGAGAUGUUGAUGCAUUAAAAGAACUGAUAUCAAAAGGUGCCAAUUCAAAUGCAGAAGUUUGCAGUGAUGAGCCACUGCUGUUAUGUGCUGCUGUCUACAAUGAAGUGGAAAUCAUCAGAUAUCUGCUGAAAGAUGCCCAAGUUCCAAUAGAAUCACAUAAUAAACGUGGUCACACAGCUUUUUUGACUGCAGCAUCAUGUGGAAGUCUGGAUGCUGUUCGGUGCAUGCUCUCAGUUGGCGCUGAUGUCCUGGCGAGAACUGCACUGGAUGAGACAGCACUGCAUCUCUCUGCACGCACUGAGUCAGUGGAGACUUUCAAGUUUCUCCAGGAGUCAGGAAUCCCGGUGGAUGCCCUGGACAUUCGUGGCAGGACUGUCCUCCACCAUGCAGCUCAGUAUGGAUAUCCAAACAUGGUGGAAUGUAUCCUGCAAGGGGGAUGGCUGCCUGUUGACUGUCAAGACAAGAAUGGACAAACACCACUGAUGUUGACAGCAGACUUCCCAAGGAAUGAGAAAGAUAGAGUCACACAUAGCCACUGGUUUGCCGGUUUAAGAAUGAACAAGGUUUUAAUGCUACUUCAUGAUGCUGGAGCCGAUCUUUCAAAAAGGGAUGUCCUUGGGAGGACUGCACUCCAUAGAACACUGGGAAACAAGGAAAAUUUUGAGUACUUGUGGGAAAAAUGUAAAGAUUUCACACACUCUGUUGAUAAGAAAGGGCAGACACCAAUACACAGAGCUAUUUCAGAUUUCCAUCUUCAUUGGGAAAUGCAAUACGUAGUGAGGCUCCUAUUGGAAGCUGGUGCAGAUGCCAAAUCAUGUGAUACAGAAGGAAAGACACCUUUAUGUAUUGCUGUAGAGAAAGGCUCACGUGAUGCAGUGCAGGCGUUAAUAAAAGCAGGAGUUGAAACAUCAUGCUUUGGGAGGGAUCUUCUCACAAAGUGUCUGCACAUUGCUGUAGGUGCACAUGAUUCUGAGUUAAUAAGCAGAAUGCUUGCUGAAGGGGCAGAUAUAAAUGGUAGAUACAGAGGUCUAUAUGAAGGCCCACCAUCAAGAGAGAAAGGCCACACUAUAAAAUGCUUAGGAUGCUUUGAUUCAGAGCUUGAAGUACAUGCUAGUAUCUCAGGACAAUCUCCUAUAUUUGGAGCUCUUCACUCCAAAAAAAUGCUCAAAUUGUUGAUUGAUGCUGGAGCAGACGUGAAUUUCAAAGAUGACCAUGGUUGGUCACCACUUCAAGAAGCCCUUAGUUCUGGAAGUUUUAAGGGCCUGAACAUGCUGUUGGAUGUUGGUGCUGAUCCCAGUAGUGUGGAUGACUGUGGAGUGUCACUGCUUCACAUGUUGGCUUCUAGGUCUGUGGACCAUAAGGAAUUUUCAAAGAUUACAGAGAGGCUCAUACAAAGUGGAAUGAGAGUGAAUGUUGCAGAUCAUAAUGGCAGAACACCACUACAUUAUGCAGCUAAAGAAGGAAAUUGGAAGUACCUAAAAAUACUCAUUGAUGCUGGAGGCGAUGUUAGUUCUGUGGAUGUGAAUGGUGCAACUCCACUUCUUAUGAUGGCCAAUCGUUGCUAUACACAGACUGCACAAACACUGAUUGAUGCUGGAGCUAACAUAACUGCAAGUGAUAUAAAUGGCCAGAAAAUCAUACAUAGGGCAUCUCAGUUUGGGAACACCACAGCCAUUGAUUAUCUCAUGGAAAUUUGGCCCUUAGUAUGGGGCUGUGACAACCAUGGAAACACUGUUCUACACUUCGGCACAAAAAGUAGUAACAAUAGGCUGAGGAUUAUAGAGCAUAUCCUAUCAAUGAAGCUGGCAUCUGUAGACGAGAGAAAUGCAGAAGGACAGACAGCUCUUGCAAUGCUUGUGGAGCAAGGUUUAAAUUGGAAAUCUGUACAGCAUGAAGUAGAGAUGUUGCUGGCAGAGGGAGCAAAUCCCACUGUCAAGGACAACAAAGGGAAAACUCCUUUACACAUCGCAUCCUGUGUUGGUGAUGUAAAGGUAAUGGAAGUCUUGAUUGUAGCUGGAGCAGAUAUUGAAUCAAAGGAUGCCAUGGGUAGAACACCACUGCACUGGGCAGCCGAGGCACACAAUGUAGAUGGUCUGGAGUUGCUAUUGCACAAGGCAGUGAACACUGACGAACAGGACAACAGCGGCCAGACAGCACUGAUGCUGGCUGUCGGCAGUGGUGAUGCGGUCAAUUUACUGCUCAGGAAUGGAGCAAGUGUUAGUAUGAGAGAUAACUCGGGGAGGACAGCACUGCAGGAAGCCACAGACCGUGGUAGCUAUGACGCAGUGAAAUCCCUAUGGAUGGCAGGAAGCAGCUUCAUGGACAUUCCACAGGAAUCUUGCAUCAGGGCAGUGCAUUUAACUGUGACAGCAGGAGAUGUGGAGAUGUUGGACUACUUGAUUUCUUUGGGAAAGGCCCUGUCUGACUGCUGGUGGGAUCCCGAGCACAAUACUACACUGCUGCACUGUGCAGUACAGUCGACUGUGCAAAUGGUUAAGAAACUAAUAGACAGUGGUCACACUGAAAAUGCACAUGACCACAAAGGACGUUUACCAUUGCACCUUGCAGUUACAUCACAAAAUUACAUAGUAACAAAGUACUUGGUGGAGGAAGCUCAUGUGGCGGUGAAUGACAGGGAUGCUGAUGGCAGAACAGCCUUAAUGUUAGCAGUCAGCAGUGACUGGUAUUAUACUGAUGUAUGUGACAUGCUUGAAAUUCUGGUGAAUGCAGGAGCAGAUAUCAGUGCUCAAGACAAAGAUGAUAAGACUGUCUACCAGUUGGCUUAUAGGCCUUGGUUUGAAACAACUCAUGAUUUACUAGAUUAUAUGCAGUAUCGACUUUGAUUGUAUAUGGGUAAGAGGCAAAUGUUGCAGUCAUGUCUAAUUUACAGUGUUUUUAAACACUUCAGGUUGGAAUAUUAACAAUGUUAGGAAAAGGGAUAGAUUGUUACCCAGUGUAAACAUGACCCACUGAGUUGCAGACGGGCACAACGAAAAGACCAUUACGCAUUAUAGCUUUUGGCCACAGAGUAUUCAUGUUCUUUAUAUCAGAUUCAUGUAUCAUUGGAAUGAAUAACUAAACAUUUUGUAAGAUAUUCCCAUUGUGUCAUGUUUAUGUAUGAAUAAAAUUAAUUUCUAGAAAAAAUUAAAAUAUGAAUAUGUGUCAGUGUUUAACAUACACCAAUUUAUUAACCAGGGUAUCUGUAUAUUGUGACACUAAGCAAGAUUGUGCACAGCAAUCCAUUAUAUUACAUAAUAUUUGAAAUUUCCUUCUCAUUUCUUGUCAAACAAAACAGCGAUAAAUGUAUAGCUUACAAUAUGGGGCACGAAAACAGUUUGGAUAUUGCUGAAGAUGCAGUAAAACACCAUUCCAAAGCAGUACAUUGUAUUCUGAAACAAUGGGUGAUAUUGCUAAGAAAGUAGCAAGAAUGGUUUAAUAUAGUUUAGAGCAGAAGUUGUCAAAUUUUUAUUUUUAAUGGCCAAUAUGCAGAUUGUCGAGCAAUACAUCAAGCUGCAUCUGUACCAAUCUUGUUAUUAAUUGGUAACCUACAUAAAUUAGUAUGUUAUGAGCCCUGAAAGACUGUCUAUAAUUUGGACACAGUAAUUUGGCUGCUGUCCCCAAAGUACUAAUCUUUAGAAGAGAGCACAGUUCAGAAUACUUUGUGUGAACUGUUCUGUGCAUUGCUGCCAUCCUCAGUGAUCCCAAAGUUGUGACACUGUAAGUGCAUGAAAAAGUGUUGUGUUAUCUGUGUGAGGCAACAAUUAAUUGAUUACUAACAACAGUUGUACUUAUUGCUAAAUAUGUAAUGCAGUAUGAGACAAAAUCUUACAGAUUUAAUAAACAUUCUGAAUGUCA